UGUCUCGCGCCAAUUUUCAACUUUUCAAGUCGUUCCGUCAGAGAAGAGAGGAGUCGAGGGAGGAGAGGAGAAGAGAGGAGAUCGCUAUCCGGCGGCUAUUGCAGGCUCAUUUCCCGAUCGGUCGUGUUCGCAGACGCGUUGCUGAGGACUGUGGUGCCGUUAGCAGGGAGCUGAUUCGAAAUGUACAUUAAGUCUAUUGUGCUGGAGGGCUUCAAGUCCUACGCAGAGCGAACCGAGAUCAGCGGCUUCGACCCGCUUUUCAACGCCAUCACUGGACUGAACGGCAGCGGAAAGUCCAACAUACUCGACUCCAUCUGCUUUCUCCUCGGCAUUUCCAAUUUAUCACAAGUCAGAGCGACUAACCUCCAAGACUUGGUAUACAAAAAUGGACUUGCUGGAAUCACUAAAGCAACAGUGUCCAUUACUUUUGACAAUUCCAACAAGAAACAGAGCCCACUGGGGUUUGAAACCCAUGAUGAGAUCACUGUAACCAGACAGGUGGUUAUAGGUGGGCGAAAUAAGUACCUCAUCAAUGGCGUGAAUGCGAACAAUAUGCGGGUCCAGGACCUCUUCUGCUCGGUGGGCCUGAAUGUCAACAAUCCCCAUUUUCUUAUUAUGCAGGGACGAAUCACCAAGGUUCUGAAUAUGAAACCACCAGAGAUUCUGGCCAUGAUUGAGGAGGCUGCUGGUACCAGGAUGUAUGAAUGCAAGAAAAUCAGUGCUCAGAAAACCAUUGAGAAGAAAGAUGCCAAACUGAAAGAGAUUCAGACGAUCCUGGAUGAGGAGAUCACACCUGCUAUGGAGAAACUGAAGGAGGAGCGUUCUUCUUACCUGGAGUACCAGAAGCUGAUGAGGGAGAUUGAGCAUCUGAGCCGGCUGUACGUGGCGUGGCAGUUUGUGUGUGCGGAAGAGACCAAACUGAAGUCUGCUGAGGACCUGCAGUUGAUGCAGGCCUCAAUCAGCGAGCUCCAAGAGACCAUGCAGCAGAAUGCUGCCCGCAUCCAGGUGCUCAGUGAGGAGAUUAAAGCACUGGAACGAAGCAGGGACAAGGAGGUAGCAGGAGUGUUGAAGACUCUGGAGGAGACUCUGGCUGAAGCACAAAGAGUGGAUACAAAAGCUCAGAGUGCUCUUGACCUGAAAAAACAAAACCUCAAGGAUGAGACCAAGAAAAGGAAAGAGCUUGUGAAAAACAUGGAGGAGGAUAAGAAAAUGAUGGCAGCAAAAGAAAGUGAGGUUGCCAAGGCAAUGGAGCGACUGAAGGCUGUGCAGGAGGAGGGUCAGAAGGAUGCGGAAGCGUUGGAGGCAGCGCAGCAGCACUUCAAGGCGGUGUCAGCUGGACUGUCGUCCAAUGAGGAUGGAGAGGAGGCCACACUGGCGGGCCAGAUGAUGACAUGCAAGAAUGACAUGAGCAAAGCAGAGACGGAGGCCAAACAAGCACAGAUGAAGCUGAAGCAUGCUCAGCAGGAGCUAAAGACUAAACAGGCCCAGGUUAAGAAGAUGGACAGCGGAUAUAAGAAGGACCAAGAUGCCUUUGAGGACGUACAGAAAUGCAGAGACAAGCUACAGACUGAACUGCAGAAACUCAACUAUGAAGAUGGACGAGAGGAGCGUCUGAUGGAGCAAAAGAGACGGCUGUCUUGUGAGGUCAACCAGCUUAGAGAACAAUAUGAGUCCUUCAUGGGUCAGUUUCCCAACCUCCGUUUUGAGUACAAGGACCCUGAAAGGAACUGGGACCGCAGUAAAGUAAAGGGUCUGGUGGCAAACCUCUUCACAGUGACCGAUGUGUCUAACGCUACAGCUCUGGAAGUUGUUGCAGGGGGUCGACUCUACAACGUUGUGGUGGACAAUGAGGUAACUGGAAAGAAGAUUCUGGAAAAAGGUGAACUGAAACGCAGAUAUACCAUCAUCCCUCUGAACAAGAUCUCAGCACGGACACUCAAUGACAAAGUGGUCAAUUCUGCUAAAGACCUGGUGGGGGAGGAUAAUGUGCACACUGCUCUGUCAUUGGUUGGUUAUGAGUCAGAGUUGCGUAAAGCAAUGGAGUAUGUGUUUGGAACUACACUGGUUUGCGAUACUCUGGACAAUGCUAAGAAAGUUGCUUUUGAUAAGCGCGUCAGCACCAAGACGGUCACUCUCGGAGGAGACGUAUUUGAUCCACAGGGAACACUAACCGGAGGUGCUCGUGCUCAGACAGCAUCAGUGCUCUCAAAGCUGGCAGAAGUGAAAGAUGUCCAGGACAGUCUGAGGGCCAAAGAGGCAGAGCUUGUUGCUGUGGAAACUGAUCUCAGCAGCCUCAAAGGAACAGCUGAAAAGUAUCGGCAGCUGAAGCAGCAGUUGGACCUGAAGACAGAGGAGGCUCAGAUACUAGAGACCAAACUACAACAGAGCUCCUUCCACAAACAGCAGGAGGAACUGGAGAACCUCCGCAAGACUAUCGAGGAGAGUGAGGAGACGCUUAAGAAGACUAAGGAGGUGCAGAAAAAGGCAGAGGAAAAAUACAAGGUAUUGGAGAACAAGAUGAAGAAUGCAGAAGCAGAAAGGGAGAAAGAACUGAAAGCAGCUCAGCAGAAGCUCAACCAGGCCAAGAGCAAAGCAGAUGCUUACAAUAAAAAGCUCAAGGAGAGACAACAGGAAGCUGAUGCUGUUGCCCUAGAGCUGGAGGAGCUGAAGCGAGAGCAGGCUGGCUAUGAACAGCAGAUCCAGGCUGUAGACGAAGCCAUGAAAGCCAUACAGGAACAAAUCGCUGCCAUGACAACCGAGGUUGCAGCCAAUAAGGAAUCUGUGCGGGAAGCACAGGAGCAGCUGUCCCAGCAGAAGGAAGUGAUUUUGGGACAAGAGAGAGAAAUCAAAGGAAAGACUGAAGAAGCCAACCGGCUCAGAGAACAAAACAAUGAUGCCCAGCUCAAAAUUAAAGAGCUCGAACACAACAUCAGUAAACACAAGAAGGACAGUGCAGAUGCUGCUGCUAGAGUGACACGUAUGCUGGCUGAGAACGACUGGAUCUCAUCUGAACGGCAUCUCUUUGGCCAGCCCAACUCCGCAUACGACUUUAACACAAACAGCCCAAAAGAAGCUGGUCAGAGGUUGAAAAGACUGGAAGAGACCAAAGACAAAUUGGAGAGGAACAUCAACCGCAGAGCCAUGAAUAUGCUCAGUGAGGCUGAGGAGAGGUACAACGAUCUGAAGAAAAAGAAGAGGAUUGUGGAAAACGAUAAGGCAAAGAUUCUGGAGACUAUCAAGGAGUUGGACCAAAAGAAGAAUGAAGCGCUUAAUGUGGCCUGGCAAAAGGUGAAUAAGGAUUUUGGCUCCAUCUUCUCCACUCUGCUGCCAGGGGCAAACGCUCGGUUGGCCCCACCUGAAGGGUGUGGUGUCCUAGAUGGACUGGAGUUCAAGGUGGCUCUUGGAAACACUUGGAAGGAGAACUUGACUGAGCUCAGUGGAGGUCAAAGGUCUCUUGUGGCGCUCUCUUUGAUUUUGGCUAUGUUGCUGUUUAAACCUGCUCCUAUCUACAUCUUGGACGAAGUGGACGCUGCUCUGGACCUCUCACACACGCAGAACAUCGGACAGAUGCUGCGCACACACUUCACACACUCUCAGUUUGUGGUGGUGUCGCUGAAGGAUGGAAUGUUCACCAACGCCAACGUGCUCUUCAAGACAAAGUUCGUGGACGGUGUUUCCACAGUGACGCGUACAGCACAGACACACGAGGGCAAAGUCCUGGCCCAGCGUGCCCAGGAUAAAGCCAAGGCUAAGGACAAACGGCAGCGGCAGAUACUUGCUAGUUAAAUGCGCUCGUGUGUGUAGUUUUGCUUGCAGAGCACUAACUCAAGCGUAUACCUAAACGGCUUCUUUGCUCAAAAACGCGUAAAUAUAUUCAUGGUCCAGUACCUUCUCCUGAGUUCUGCUUCUCCUCUUUAUACCUUGAUUUUGACUCCUUGCCUGAAACCUCUGUACAUUCUAGAACUGAUUUUUGAAAUGAGAUAUUGCAGCCGCUUGUAAGGUAACAUCAUGUUCCAACAGAGUGCUUGGCUGAGGGGCUUGAAAUGGAGACUCUUGUUUUUUGUGGUGUGUGUAUGUGUUCAUAUUUUCUGUCCAACAUCUUAUAACACACUCUCUACUCUGUUAGGCUACUCUCUGAAUUGCAAACAUUUUAUUCCUUAAUUAUUCUUGAUUUUAUACUGUUUUCAAUAAAUGAAUUUCUAGUUGAA